AGAAAAACAACGGUCAUUUUAAACAAUGGGAAGUGAAGCUUCCGGUUAGCUUGUGUCAAAAUAAGAGUGACGUCGCCACACUGUGGACUAGAAAAGUCGUAUCAGGCCUCCGACGAGGCUCCUUAAGCACUGCCAAUCAUCAUUUCUGAUCAACAAAGCAGCAGCAACCUCAUUUUCCAUUUUUAUCUGCAUUUCUUUGCGGAGUCUUUGCUUUUACUUUAUGAGGGGAAAUCCAUUCAACUUCCGGUUACGGUCAGUUUUGGCACUGUUCUUCGUGGAAAUUCGUUAUUUUUUAAUUACAACUAAAAUGUGUAAAUAAUGGCGGGCCAUGAGAUAUUAUUCUAAUGAUGAAUUAAAUGUAUGUAUUUAAUUUUACUAAUUGUAAAUAUAAGUUGUAGCUGUUUCAAGUCAGUUUAGAAUUAAAAAAUAAAUCUCGCCUCAGUUUUAACACAGUAACUUAACAAGAAGAAGAAAGUUCACAUUCAAAACCGAAAAAGCCUCAUUUGGGUGCAAAAUAGGCACUUUAAUCCGCUGUUAGGCGCACGGGAAAGCCUCUUCGGGAGCAGAUUAACGACAUAAUACGCAUGCGCCAACCAUCUGUUCAACCUGCAGGUUUGCACGCACGCUCAUUUGUUUUUGUUUUUGUUUUUUUGUGGGAGGGGCCCUUCGUCGUCAAAAAAAAUUACCAACAAAUGCAUUUAUUUGAACAGACAUAGUUUUGUUUUACGUGGACUGUCUUUAUUCAUCCAGAGAGGAAAUUCACUAGUUGGACUGUUUAUUGUGUCACUGAAGAAACUCUAAAUGAAAUGUUAAUAUUGCUUGAAAUGAUGCAGUAGCAAAAUAAUAAUAAUAAUAAUAACAAUGAUAAUAAUUCUGUUCACAUUUCUGUUUCUGUCUUCUCGUAAUACAUUUUUUGAAGUCGGCCUCCUUAUUGGAGGCUGAUGAUGAUGAUGUGGUUUUGUGUGAAAGUCACGGGUUCCUGUGAAGGGGGUUUCCUGCCACGAACCACCAAACAAAAAUAAAAUCAUAACAUUUAAGGUGCUACAAAAAAAAUUGGGACCAAAUCCUUGAGGUCGUGUUGCGACCACGUGAUAUGAAAGCAGCAAAGAGGUGCGUUGUUGACUUUACUCUCUUUAAUUCCGUUUUUUGUGCUCGCGUCAUAAAGCUUUGCCCUGUCACUUGCCGCCACUAGGGGCUACUGUUGACUUUAACAAGCAAGGAGACGCCGAUGAACCAAUUUACUCAACUGCUGGAGUUUUUUUUUUUUUCUUCUUCUUGUUGUUGUUGUUGUUGGAAGAAGAAAACCGGACAAGAAAAGAGGAACGGGUGAACGAGGAAAUGUUUUGAGUUUUCCACGGCACGCAAAGGUCAGUGAAGGCUCUCGACGUGGGGUCGGUGUUGUGCGCAUGCGCAGAAGCGAGAUGCCAUAUUGGACCGGGGGCAGCAGCGGGAGCGGAGCGACGUGCUGAGUGUGCCGAGGCGGCGGGGGGUUCCGGGCGGAAGUAGCCUCCUCAAAAGGGGAAGAAAAAAAAAACUUGGCCAGCGUCGUCGAGCACUUGAAGUGGAAUCGUGAGGAAGAAUCAUCAUCAUCGUCAGCAGCAGCCGCAGCCAAUGUUGGAUUUGUUGAAGGUCCACUUGUGUGGGUGUUUCAGAGGAAGCGUGAGAUGCGUUGACGAGUUGUGAGAUUGCAAAGAUGCAGUCACUGGCCCAGGAUCAGGUGAAGGCGCCCGCCUGCCCGACCAACGGCAAGGAGGAAGCGAUCAACUCGGAACCGGAGCCCAUGGAAGAGCAGGAGGUGGCGGAGUUUAACUGGCAGGAGUACAUGGAGGAGAUGGGAGCCACCGCCGCCCCGCACACCGCCUUCAAGCACGUGGAGGUGAGCCUGCAGAGCAGCUUCCAGCCGGGCAUGAAGCUGGAGGUUGCCACCAAGGGCGCGCCCGACACGUACUGGGUGGCCUCCAUCGUGGCCACGUGCGGCCAGCUGCUGCUGCUGCGCUUCAGCGGCUACGGCGACGACCGCAGGGCCGACUUCUGGUGCGACGUCAUGACGGCCGAGCUGCACCCGGUGGGCUGGUGCGCCCAAAACCGCAAGACCCUCAUGCCCCCCCAAGCUAUCAAGGAGAAACACGGCGACUGGACAGAGUUUCUGGUUGGCGCCCUGACCGGCUCCAGGACGGCGCCCGCUAACCUGCUGGAGGGGCCACUACGAGGGAAGAACACGGUGGACUUGAUCGUCCAAGGGUCGGUACUGGAGCUGCGGGAUGCGUCGCUCCCUUUCCUGUACUGGCCGGCACGCGUCGUCCACAACGUGGGCGGCCGGCUGCGUCUCCGCCUCGCCGGCCUCUCUGAUGAGCGCCCGGCUCGGGACGUGUGGCUCUUCUACCUGGACGUGAGGCUGCGGCCCUUCGGGUGGGCGCAGGAGAACCACCUGGCCUUGGAGCCGCCCACAGAAUUCCGGACCCUGAAGAGCGCGGCCGACUGGCAGGAAGCUCUGGAGGACGCCCGGCGGGACGGGCGGACGAGUGCCGUGCCGCUCGAGGUGUUCAAGGACCACGCCGACCUGCCUGCGCACACCUUCAAGGUGGACAUGAAGCUUGAGAUGGUUUCUCUGUGGGAGCGCCUGCAAAUCUGCCCCGUUACUGUCACAGAGGUUUUCAAUGAGAACUACUUCCAAGUCACAGCGGACGACCUGACAGCCGACACCGAGCCGCGUUCGGUGUUGUGCCAUGCCAACUCUCCGGGCAUCGUGCCCAUCCAGUGGUGCUUGAAGAACGGCGCCGGUCUUGAGAGGCCGCGCGGCUAUCGGGGUCAGGACUUCGACUGGGCCGACUACCUCAAGCAGGCCGGCACGGAAGCCGCCCCCGACGCCUGCUUCUCCGACACGUGGCAGACGCGGGCAUUCGCCAAGGACACAUGGCUGGAGACGGUGCACCCCGAGCGACCGGCGGAGAUUUGCAUGGCCCAGAUUACUCAAAUCCGAGGACGCCUGUUGUGGCUGCGACUGGAAGGUGUGGCCAAGCAGUUUUGUGAGACCAUCGUGGACGUGGAGUCCAUGGACAUCUUUCCUGUGGGCUGGUGCGAGGCCAACGCUUACCCUCUGAACCCGCCGCUCAAACCCGCCUGUGGCAAACAGCGGAAGAUUGCAGUGGUCCAGCCGGAGAAACAGAUUGCGCCAUCCCACCCGGUGGAGCCGCCUCCCGCCAAUCAUUGCCAGCCUGCCCCCAACGACGCGGCCAAUGGACGCUACUGCUGCUCCAAGGUGUUUGUCAACCACCGCUGCUUCUCAGGACCGUACCUCAACAAGGGACGCAUCGCCGAGCUGCCGCAGGCGGUCGGGCCUGGAAAAUGCACUCUGGUUCUCAAAGAGCUCCUCACCAUGCUCAUCAACGCCGCCUACAAGCCCGGGCGCGUCCUCAAGGAGCUGCAGGAGCUGGAGGAUCCCAGCUGGGACUGCCAGGAGGAGACCUUGAAAGCCAAAUAUAAAGGGAAAACGUACCGCUCCAGCAUCAGAAUCGUCCGCCUGGCCGAGCUCAUCCCGGACUUCUGCCGCAAAGUGUGCAUCAAGCUGCAGUGCUGCCCCAACCUCGUCAGCCCCACGCUCGUACCCGAAAAGUGCCCGGAGAGCUGCUUUGUUCAGACCAAAACCAAAUAUACUUACUACUACGGGAAGAAGAGGAAGCUGUCCAAGCCGCCUGGAGGCGAGGACGCAACAGCAGGCGGAGAGCCGCUCAAACCGAAGCGCAAGAAGAGGAAGAGCAUCUUUGUGCAGAAGAAGCGGCGUUCGUCAGCGGUGGACUACACUCCCGCAGGCUCAGCUCAGGAAAGCGAGGGAGAGGUAGAAGACGCCGCGUCGCGGUCGGGCAGCGAGGGCACCAGCUCGGAACCCCGCGACGACCUGACCGACGCGUCCUCUGUGGAGACGAUCGGCAGCCGGCCGCGCCGCACCACGCCGCUCUGCAGGGCCGAGUCCGCGGGCGACAAUAACGCCGCUGGCGGCCAGGAGGCGCCGGAGGGCCGGCGGAGAUCUACGCGUCAGAUCCUCAGCAAGUUUCAAGCACCCAAAGAAGAAGACACGCAGGAGGAGGAGGAGGAGCCCCUGGUUCUGGACAAAAACCCACUGGAGUGGAGUGUACAGGAAGUGGUCCGGUUCAUCAACUCCACCGACUGCGCGUCGCUCGCUCACAUCUUCCAGGAGCAGGACAUCGACGGCCAGGCCAUGCUGCUGCUGACGCUGCCCACCGUGCAGGAGUGCAUGGACCUGAAGCUCGGGCCCGCCAUCAAGCUGUGCCACCACAUCGAGCGCGUCAAGGUGGCUUUCUACAGACAGUACGCCAACUGAGCCCAGACCAUUUUGCCCUUUCGGGAACUCUUUCCAAAGCUGUGAGAGAAGCAUGGAAGACAUGCUAGUGAAGCACAAAAUAUGUGGAAGCUGAGUGCUGAAAAUGCAACUCCAGCAGACUGUUUUUUGUUUAUAAAAUACAUUUUCAUUUAGCGCGAGAGGAGCACUUGGAUGUUUAAUUUAAACACAACAGCUCAAUAAUUAAUAUAUUUGGACUAUUUAUUGCCAUGCUCACUUUGAGGUGCAACUGCUUUAUUUGCUUUUACCCCAAAAGCUCUUGAAAUUUAUUCCACAAACUUUGCACAUAAAAAGUGUUGCUCCUCUCGCUCUCUGUGUGAACUCCAACCAACCGACUGCAGUUUCUUUUUUGUUCAUCUAUGCAAAUGUCUUGUUUGCUGAUAUUUUGAUAAAGCAAGAAAAUAAAUUUCUAUUCAUUUGUA